AUGAGCAAUGAGCAAUCAAAUAAUGGUCUAAAGCUAGACGUUAAAACCGGGAAGUUAAGCCUGUGGAGGCUCUUCCCCACCUUUACCUUUACCUUUUACUACAACUCAGAUACUGAGCUCGAGGUAAUGGAUUUUGCACUCAAAGACUACAGAAAUUACAAGGAGUCCGGAUUCCGCCCUGUAGAACUCAGUGCUGGAAUCUGGCACUUGGCAAAGGCAAACGAGCCAGAGGCUAGCUUCUACGAAGAGCUGGCCAUGCAUGACUUGUUUAAGGGCGUAUGGAAUGUGCGGACACAUCUGAAAAAGAAAACAGUAUGCUCAAGUACAUUUUGCAUGCAGGAUAUAAUCCCGUCUGAUGGCAGGGUGAAUAAUAUCAGCGCCGUUGGUGUUGAAGAGGAUGGAGAUGUUUAUCCAUGGACUCUUCAAGGUUCUGAGCAUGCUAAGAUGGCCGUGUGCAUCGACCGCUCUGACAAGCUGGUGAUGGUGGGCGACCUCAACAACACUCUUACCCAAAAGAAGCGCGGUGGCGGCGGUAUUGUGCUGCGUCAGCCACGCCUGAACAAGAUGCUUCAAGAGAUAUCGCGCACCGUUGACACCCCGUGA